GGGUCGUUCCACAAUUGGGCCGAAUUAUGACCCAAUAGUAUAUUUUUCGGAGAAAAUUAAUUAUGGUGUUUGGAAGUGAUAAUAAAAGUUUUUCUUAAACAAAAUAAAAUAAAAAAAAUAAAAAAGUAGUGACCUGUCCUAAAAAUUAAAAAUAAAUUGGCUUUUGUUUCCCCUUGAACUGAACGUCUAAAGUUAAACCCCUGUAAUCGCUAAAACCCUAAUUCCGGCUGCUUCAGUUGGCAGUUGACUGCCUGAAGAAGCUCUCUUAAUUCCAUUACCACUGAACACGAAUUACGUUAUCGGCAAUAGAAACCUUAAUUAUUCCGAAGUUGACCUAAUUCAAUAACGAUGGAGAAGGACACCUCUUUCCUCUUCGCCGGUCUCAAAUUUAAUCGUAAAAAAUUUGCCGACGACUUCGCCAGAUUCAAGGUGAAGAAAGAGAGUGAUGAUGUUGUAGAAAAACCCGGUUUGAUUAGCAAUGAGAGUUCUACGAUGGAGGAAGGUUCGGUGGUGAGUGUUGAUAAGAAGAGAAAGAGGAAGAAGAAGACAAAUAGGAAGAGAAAAGCUGCUCAUUCAGACACAGUUGAAGGAUUCGAUGUGUGGGGAAGCUCGAAAUCAGAAGCUGCAGAUGAAGUUAGAGAAGAAAAUGAAGAUGAAAUGUUACAAAAGAUGAAGGAAUACCGUCUUCAACAGGAGAGGGAUGCGCUUUCUCGGAAGAAACAUAAUAUUCGUGUUUCCGGGAGCAAUAUCCCACCUCCACUUCAGAACUUUGAAGAGUUGAAAUCAAGGUAUAAUUGCAAAUCAUACAUAUUGCGCAAUUUGACAGAAUUGGGUUUCAAGGAGCUAACACCAAUCCAAAGGCAGGCUAUUCCAGUCUUAUUAUCUGGAAGGGAGUGUUUCGCAUGUGCUCCCACUGGUUCGGGCAAAACCUUUGCAUUUCUCUGCCCAAUACUUAUGAAACUUAAGCGGGCUUCAAAAGAUGGUGUCCGGGCCGUGAUUCUUUGCCCUACACGCGAAUUAGCUGCUCAGACAGCGAGAGAAUGCAAGAAGCUGGCUAAAGGAAAGAAGUUUUACAUCAGAUUAAUGACCAAGCAGCUUACGAAAACUGCUGAUUUUUCGAAAUUUCCCUGUGAUAUUCUCAUAACCACUCCUUUCCGGGUGCAAUUUGCUGUCCGCAAAAGAAAACUUGAUUUAAGCAAGGUCGAAUUUCUUGUCCUGGAUGAGUCAGACAGGCUUUUUGAGAUGGGCUUGGUCAAACAGGUUGAUUUGGUGCUCAAAGCAUGCUCGAAUCCUUCAAUCAUCCGGUCAUUGUUCAGUGCUACUCUGCCUGAAACUGUCGAAGAGCUUGCACGUACAAUUAUGCAUGACGCUGUCCGUGUUGUCAUUGGCACAAAAAACUCCGCGUCUGAAUCAAUAAAGCAAAAGCUCGUAUUUGUAGGGAGUGAGGAGGGCAAGCUUAUAGGUCUUCGUCAAAGCUUUGCAGAGAGUUUGAACCCACCGGUGCUAAUUUUUGUCCAAAACAAAGAGCGAGCCAAGGAACUCUACAAUGAACUGAAAUACGAUAACAUUAGAGCCGAUGUUAUACAUGCUGAUCUCUCCGAUAUUCAGAGGGAAGAUGCCAUUGACAACUUUCGAUCUGGAAAAACAUGGGUUUUGAUUGCUACCGAUGUUGUUGCCCGUGGCAUGGACUUCAAAGGUGUCAAUUGUGUGAUCAACUACGAUUUUCCGGAUUCUGCAUCUGCAUACAUUCACAGAAUUGGUCGUUCGGGCAGGGCUGGGAGAAGUGGCGAGGCGAUAACACUGUACACUGAAGCUGAUGUUCCGUAUUUGAAGAAUGUAGCAAAUGUUAUUAAAGCAUCAGGUUGUGAGGUACCGGAAUGGAUAAUGGCCCUACCCACGAAAAAAUGGAAGAAACACAGACCUCACAGGGAAAUGAUUUCUGUCAUACCCGAAAAUGACGAGUGAGGACCGACUUCUGCUGAGCUUUUUACGGACGAGGAUAUAAUAUUUCGGAAAAAAAUUAUUUUAGGCUUUUUUUUUUUUUUUUUUUUUGUAUUUGAAUUUUUGACUUGAUUGGUAUUUUUACCCCCAAAUUGCAAUGAAGCUAUAAUAUAUUUUUGACUCU